AUUCCCUUUGUCUGCUUAAUUCUGAUAAACCUGAGUUACACAGUUCCUCAGAGACCCUCUGCAUCUUUGUCUACGAGGGCCUCCCUGACACCCAAGUUCAUACUGCUCAGAAACAGUAAGCUUGAGUUGUUUUAUCUUGGCCUCCCUCUGACAAAGGAAUCCAGAUGACGUGGAACCCACUGAAGGCAGUACCUGGAAAAUGGCAGUCCUGGAAAUAACUCUGGCCAUCAUCCUGACUCUGCUGGCACUUGCCAUUCUGGCCAUUUUGUUAACAAGAUGGACGCGACGCAGGCAAAAUGAAAUGUAUAUGUCCAGAUACAGUUCAGAACAAAGUUUUAGGCUUCUGGACUAUGAAGACGGCACAGGUUCAUCCUCUAGGAGACCUAAAAAAGGAAGAGGAUGCCGGCAACCAUAUUUAACAGAAAGUGAAGACUCCAGAGGAAAAUACACACCAUCAGCCAGCUCCGGAGGACUAUCUCGGUCAAGUAUUGCACUAUCUCGAUCAAAUACUGGUGAGGCACAGCAUUUAAAAGCAACUCAACCUCUAUCCAGCACUCCAGGAUCUAUCACUGGAGCUAUUGGACCUAUAAUGCAAUUCUCAGCACCUAUCCCUGGAGCUACUGGACCUAUCAAGCUCUCUCAAAAAACCAUUGUGCAAACUCCAGGGCCUAUUGUACAAUAUAUGGGACAGAGAGCUCCAACUUCAGAAACGACCUCAGAACCACCGCCUAGUACAUUCAGGAGAUCAGCUCCACUUGCCAUCACUGAUUCAUCUUCAACUCCCAGCAGCGAUUUAUCUGUGAUACCCACAACAAAACCUGAGAAGUCUGCAAAAAAACAAGAGCCAACACAUGUAGCAGUACCUAUCAUAACUCCAAUACCAAUUGCAAUUGCUCCAGUAGCAGCCUUGGAUGCUUUUGGAAAAAUCGUCAUACUUCCAGGUUACGUGGAUGAAGAACUUACAAAAAAAUCAAGUAUCAAAGCCCAACCUCCAAAACACAGAGAAAUGACAGAAAGCAAAGAAACACUAAAGAAGGAAGUAUUUACAGAUUCUGAAGAUUCUUUAGCAAUACAAAAAAGGGAGUCCCAAAAAAGAGCAAAAUUCACUGAGUUGGAAAAAGACAAGAUAGGAAUGGAGGUCAAGGUAAAGAGUGAUACUGAAAUAAAAGAACAGGCAGUCCAGGUAAAGAAAAGUCAAGAAGGAGUACCACAACACCAGGAACCGCAAAUAAAGAGUAAGAUGGAAGCACCAAAACAACCCCAAGAAAAAGAAUCUCAGAUAAAAGAGAAGAAAGAGGAAGUACCAAAAGCCCAAGAAUCCCAAGUAAAAAGUGAGAUGAAAGUACCACAAAAAUCUGAAGCCCAAGAAAAGAAAACUGGAGAAGAAAAACCAAAGGAAACAGCAGCUGAACAAAAGGCAGGAGGAGAAUCAGGACAGAAAGCCCAAGAAAAAAAAAGUGAGACAGAGACACUGAAAGAAAAGAAAGCCCCAGAAAAGAAAGGUGAGGCAGAGACACCCAGUGGAGAGAAAGCCCCAGAAAAGAAAGGUGAGGCACAAAUGCCAAAAGAAAAGAAAGACCAAGAAAAGCCUAGUAAAGAAGUAUCUGAGAAUAAGGGAAAGGAGGGCAAAGAAAAGACAGAUGCAAAGACAAGCCAGAGUACAAAAGAAAAAGAUGAUAAAAACAAGAAAGAUGAAGGAAAAGGCAAAGAAAACAAAGAAGCAGAAGCCAAGGAUAAAAAACUCUCAGUAAAAGGCAAAAGCAAGUAAAGGAAGGGAGCACAACAAAACGGUGAAAGAGGAGGAGUAAAUAACAGCCCAUAAAACAGAUCAUCAUUAUGAUUCCCAUCCUCCCAAUACGAGCCAUGUCCCAGCCAAUGCUUGAUUAUAAAAUCUGUUUAAUGUUAUAAAUCUGCAGAUUAGGCUCUUCAGAAGUUUCACCACUUUUAGACCUCUCAGCCAUAAAUUUUGGCUUUCAAAUGUUUGUUUUACAAGCUCAUAUAUAGACAUAUAUUAUUCAGUCAAGAAAAAAAAUGAGUACUUCAUGAAAUAAAACAUUUUUAUU